AUGGCGCCACCAAAGAAACAUUGGGCUACAGUUAAAGUACCGUCAGAAUUCCUCAAAACACUUCCAGAAGGUCCAGGUCCUUCGCUCAAGUUGAAGAUAAAUAUUAAGAAAUCUGCUGGGGAGACCGCUACCACCACCGUGAAUAACUCAAGAACGGAAUCACCAGUGCAGGCUACUUCUGAGUUUGGCGAAAAGGCCAUCGAACCACCAACAGAACUGUCCACUUCGAGCCAUGGAUUGGACAAAAACGGUAAAGUUAAGCACUGGGUCAAACGCCCAGCGCAGUUUAAGACUUUCAGUGGAUUCAAGGUAACCUAUGAUAAAUGGUUACCAGAGGGUGGUAAAAAGAAGGAGGAGAAGAAGAGUGAAGUUGUGAAACAGGUCAAAUCGGAGGCUUGA